CUUGCCGAAUGUUCUAUUCCGUCGUCAGUUUUGAAUUUUCUUUUCAGCACCAGCAAGGAAGCAACAACCCCUUUCCUUCGAACUCCUCUUAAUACUCUCCCUUUUCUUUUUCAUAUUCUUCGAUCCUAACAUAAAAUAUGAGGCUUUUGGUUUGUUCCUCUUCUUGAAGAAACUCGCAAAGCAUUUUUGUAUAGAUAGUGUAGGGUAUCAGGCUAUCAGCAAAGAUGCCCAAUUCAUCUGAGGGACACGAAAAGCUGAGAGCUAACUCAAGCCAUCAUGUGAGAGAAGAAAGUGAAUAUGCAAGGCUUGUGAUAUCAGAUAAUCCAAGUACGUCAGAAGUUGAAUUUUUACAACCUCAAGUAGAAUCAAGAUCCAAAUCUCUUGUCUGGUGGAUGAAAGCUUUAUUAUGGUUCUGUGUUUUGAUAAUAGUUCUCCUCAUUUUUCUGAAAUGGGGAGUACCCUUUCUUUUUGAGAAGGUUCUCCUCCCAGUAAUGCAAUGGGAAGCCACUGCCUUUGGACGGCCAGUUCUUGCAGCAGUGCUUGUUGCCUCUCUGGCAUUAUUCCCUGUUCUCUUAAUCCCAUCUGGACCCUCCAUGUGGCUUGCAGGGAUGAUUUUUGGAUAUGGUCUUGGAUUUGUGAUAAUCAUGGUUGGAACAACCAUUGGGAUGGUCUUGCCCUAUUUGAUUGGUUUACAGUUCCGGGACCGUAUACAGCAAUGGUUGAAAAGAUGGCCCCAGAAAGCUGCUGUUAUUAGGCUGGCGGGGGAAGGGAGCUGGUUUCAUCAGUUUCGAGUGGUUGCUCUCUUCAGGGUCUCACCAUUUCCAUACACAAUUUUCAACUAUGCUAUAGUGGUAACAAAUAUGAGAUUCUGGCCUUAUCUAUGCGGAUCAAUUGCCGGAAUGGUGCCUGAAGCUUUCAUUUACAUUUAUAGCGGGCGGUUAAUAAGAACUUUAGCAGAUGUGAAGUAUGGUAAGCAUCACAUGACUACUGUGGAAAUCGUUUACAACAUCAUCUCCUUCAUUGUUGCGAUAGUCACCACAGUUGCCUUUACAGUCUACGCCAAGAGAGCGUUAGAGGAACUUAAAACGGCAGAGGGUAAUGUGGAAGACGCAGCCACCUUCGAUGGCCGUAGCAGUAUUGAGAUGGAAAAGCUUCCACUUGAAAGGCCUAAACAUUCAUGGGUUUCAUCUUUCUAUGUGUGACAGAGAUUUAAGGAAUGGGCUAUUUAAAGAUGGGAUCGGUCUGGAUGCUUGUUAGAUAUUUGUAAUUAGAAAGGGGAGAACCAGAGAAAAUAUGAGUGCGUAAACCACUGAUGAGCUUUCCAUGGUCCAUACAAAUUGUCUUCUGACCAACUUAACCAUUUGUAUAGUGAAUUCUUUUACAGUAAAUUAAAAAAAAAAAGACUAGAUAUCUUUAGUUGACACGUAAUGGAUAUCUUUAAAAA